CCGCAAUUCGCCUUGUACUUCGACCCUUUUGCCGCCGUUGUAUUAAUUCAAUACUAAUGAUAUGUCACUCAUUCUUACAAUGUUUUCUGAACAUAGAGCCGGUAGAGAAGACAUCCACCCACAAUAACGCACUGCUGAACCUGCCUUUUCGGAGUGCCUUCGGACGCCGCGGGUCGACCGUGCACCACUAUAUUCGUGGCCAGGUUUCAGCGCCCUGGUCAUAGUCCAGCGCGCCGGUUGGUGCCCUGGUGGCUUUUGAACGGCAGGGAUCAGUUUUUUCACCUUGCCGCCCUGCCCUUCUUCGGCUCAAGCGCCAUCCGGGCUGUCUUGCGCGCCUAGACUUGAACAAUUUUGUGCAUCUGCACUAUUAGUUCGCCAGCAUGGAUCUGCCAAUCUUACCCAGCAAAUGCCCUGGUUACAAUAUCUACAUUGAUGGUUUCCAUGCUUUACGUCGUCCCAAGACGCUGCAAGAAGCCAACAUCACCCAUAUCGUCUCCGUGAUCGACUGGAAAUUCCCACAAGGCUGGGCUCCACUGCGUGGAUUCCAACAUCUGCGCAUCCCUCUGGACGAUGUCUAUGAUUCAAACAUUCUUGAGUACUUCCCCAAGAGCAACGCCUUCAUUCAUGAAGCCUUAAACUCCUGGCCCGCCGAUGAGUCAUCAACGCGUGAACCGCUGGGCGGUGAUGCCGGCGACAAAGUCCGCCAAAGCGGGGUUCUCGUUCACUGUGCCAUGGGCGUGUCACGUUCCGCCACCAUUGUUAUAGCAUAUCUCUUGUGGCGCUCUCGGCAGCCUGUCACAGUUCACAAUCCGAAGUCGAAGUCAUCCUCGCACAAUACGACAAGCUCCGAGUCAUCGUCCGAGGAGCCACCAACUUCCGAUAACAGUCCCGAGAUGGUCUCACUGCCACCGACGCCAUUGACAGUGGACUCGGCGUUGGCACUUGUGCGGGAGAGCCGACCCCAAGUCGAGCCCAACUCGGGAUUCAUCAAGCAGUUACGCAUGUACGAAGCCAUGGGUUGCCCGACGACCCAGGAACAGCUGGAGUCGCAUAAGAUAUACCGACGUUGGAUGAAUUCUCGGAACGUCAUGGACGCCCUGAGCGUCAAUCGCGCCCCUGAAAUCGAUCACAUUACUUUUAGGGACGAGGAAGACGAGGACGAGGAUGAGGAGGAGCAGCAGCGGUCCAUAGGCCAGGCCAUGAAAUCCCUUAGUGUCAAGACUGUCGACGCUGAGAUUACCGACCCCGACAUCACUGUGUCAGACACUGACAGUGGUCCGUCCCCGGCGCCGGAAAUCGAGUUGAAAUGCCGCAAAUGCCGUCGCCUGCUGGCCAAGACGGCUUUCAUUAUUCCCCAUAAACCGCCUGCGCACCGCGACCCGUCCUCCGCAACAGAACCGUGUGCACAUGUCUUCCUGCAUCCGCUGUCGUGGAUGAAGGACGUUCUUGCUCAGGGCGAGCUCGAUGGCCGCUUGGCCUGUCCGAACCCGAGAUGUGGUGCUAAUAUUGGGAAAUAUGCUUGGCAGGGCUUGCGGUGUAGCUGUGGUGGCUGGGUGACCCCCGGGUUUGGUGUGGCUAGGAGUAAAGUCGAUGAAGUACGGGCGAGACCCAGACCGGGACCGGCUACAGCAGGCAUAUCCGGAGGUAGAGGUGUAUCUGCCGCGGGACCCGGUGGUGGUGGUGGUGGUGGUGGUGGUGGUGGUGGUGGUGGUGGUGGUGGUAGCGGAGGAGGAAGAAGAGGAAUACCGGGAGGGUUGGCAUAUACUUCCACAGCGGGAUCAGGAGUGAGGUUACCUCCGGGGAUGAGGAGGAGCGAGAACGGCAGUCUGUGAUUGUCUUCUUGACUGACUGACACUUUAGAGAUGGAUGUAAACGAAAGACUUGUUUAUGUGAGAAAUGGGAUUUCAUGCAGUCAUGCCAUGUGUGCACUAUGUAAGGUACAUACAAUACAUGCCGCCGAGCCAUGCCCUUAGACCGGCAAACCACGUAUAUACAGAUCCCCUGAUACGAUGAAAUGUCGGCCAAGAAGAAGAAGAAACCA